UUUACGAUUUUUCCAUCCAUAGUGAUGGCAUCCAUCAAUUAUAAAAUCAUUGGGUCACUUACUGGUUGACACCAAAAAAACAUGCAUAUAUUCAGGAAUCCCGGGCAAACAUACACACGCGUCUAAAACUAGGUCGAACGUAAUUUAAUCUUUAGGCUCAAUUUUUUGAAAACACAGAUAUUCGCUGCUUCAUGGUAAACUAACCUUGGCAUCAUUUGUAAACAACUUUCCUAGGUAGUUUAUCGGUUUUUCUCCGUAUCAGGAACCACUCCCCCAGUCUGUGUUGUUGACUACUGAAUUCAACUCAAUUUAUUCCUUCCAUGCAUCAACAUGUUUCGACAAAAUGACGCUCCUCCGAGUCAAUCCACUCAGCCGGACAUACAAGCUCACUUAAAGGCUGAGUAUGACUAUCGUCCUUAUGGUCAUGGUUCUAAUGAAGAUAAAGUUGCGGUAAUCUUACUUGAAGGUCGACAGAAAGAUUUGGUCACUCAGCGCAUUCUCGAGGAACAAGAGUUAGAAUCGCUGGAGAAGGCGAAAGUCAAACAACUCGAAGAAGAAAAUGGAUGGAAGUUCACAAGCGACACUGCUGGAAAGAUGUGCUUGAAAGUCCAGGAUAAAGAUAUAAACACUUUAAUUGAAUGCAAUAAUUUUGUACGAGAUUAUAAGAAAGCUACUCGAGCUGACCCACGAGCAGAUAUGAGAAAGAAAGGCGCACCUGCUUUUAGUUCACAUGCUUUGCUGACAACGGAUAAAAAAGCACAGCACUUGAAAAGAUUGGCUGUAUUGUUGGCCUCAAAAAACAAAUACGCCCAAUACUGGUCAAUUAGAGAUCUUCCGGAUGAGUGGUUCAAGAUUGACAACGCCAUUUUAUGUUCGAAAGAAGAACAAGAGGUGCUGUUAAGGGAGGCUGAAAAGAAAAAGAAAGUCCUGGACAAGUCGAAUGUUAGUAAGGUGGAAGUUGGUUGGAAAUCAGAACGACGAGCACCAGUAGAUGGGAUCGAAAAGAAAGGGAAGCCUGUUGUGGAUAAGCCGAAGAAUAACAAAGUCGAAAUUGACGGGAAGCUCAGAGAUGAGCACCUGGCGCAAAUAGAUGAGCCCGAAAAGAAAAAGAAGGCUCCUGAGAGAUCAAGAAAUGCUAAUGUAGAAAGUGAUGGAAAAUCCAAAGACCCACGCCGAGUACCUAUAGAUGAUGAGGUUAAAAGGAAAAAGAGGAGUCCCUUUGGGAGUUCAAGAAAUGGCAAGGUGGAAGUUGACGGACCUACACCUAGACAACAACACCGAUUGCCAGUGAAUGAAGUCGACAAACAGAGAAAGGGUGGUGAGAAGUUGAAAAAUGGUAAGGGGGAAGUUGACGGAGCUACACCUAGACAACAACACCGACUGCAAAUGAAUGAAGCCGAGGAAAAGAAGACGGGUGGUGAGAAGUCGAAAAAUUGCAAGCCAGAGAUUGAUGGGAAAUUCAGAGAUGAUAAUAUGCUAUCAAAAAAGAGGCAUGGAAGCCAGUAACCCGCCGAUGUAGCACUUAUUUGAGAAAUGAUAGACAUGUCUCGAGGUGUAUGAAUAAUCAAAAUAUGUGCUGUUAUGGACUCUUCAUGUCGAAAGCGAU